UAAUUUAUGAUUAAAAUUCAAAUAUUUGAUGGACCAGAAACAUUUAUAAAUGAUCUCGUCAUAUACCGUAUAUUUAACACUUAACAUUCAUUCAUUUGAAUUGAUCAGAUCGCUUUGGAAGAAAUCAAGUUAUUUGAUCAAAAUCUUGUUUUUUGAAAAUAAAGAAUUCAUUCAUCCACACACACGAAACUUUCAUAUAUUGUGAUUAUUUCAGUGAUAUCUUUUUUCUUGGUUUUCCACAUCAUCAAUUACAAUUGGCAAUCAUUCGAAAAUGUCACACGGACCAUCUAUGAGUGAAACAACAACAUUGCAAGCAUUGAUGACAUUGCUUAAAUGUUAUAUCGGCACUGGUAUAUUAUCAAUGCCAAAAGCAUUCGCUGAUUCUGGUUAUAUAUUCGGUGUACUUGGUGUCAUUCUUAUCGGUUUUCUGUGUAAUCUAUGCAUUCAUAUGCUCGUUCAAAUUAAUCAAGUAUUGGUUACAAAACCGGAACAAAUUCCCUAUGAUUAUCAAGAGCUAGCACAAUUAUCAUUCGAGAAUGGACCAAAAAAAUUACGAGAAUACGGUCAAAUGUCUAGGAAAAUAUUGACCAUAUGUCUUUGUCUAUCACAAACCGGAUUCUGUUGUGCAUAUGCACUGUUUAUUGCGAAAAAUCUACUACAAUUUGCCAUCAAUUUGGAGAUAGGUUUUUGGCAUGAAGAUGAUGUCGUCUAUUUUCUAUGUUUAUUAUUACCCAUAAUGAUAGCAUUGAAUUUUAUAAAAAGUAUUUACCAUCUAUCUUUGGGAUCAUUAUUCGCCAAUGUUGUACAAAUGGCAAGUUUAUUGAUCAUUUUAUAUAAUCUGGUCACAAAUAUUCCAUAUAUUGGUGAUCGUAAACCAUUCAAUCAUAAAUUGCCACAAUUUGUCAGUACAACAGCAUUUACGUUCGAAGGCAUUACAGUGACAAUGCCAUUAUAUCGUUCAAUGAAAAAACGGGAAAAUUUCGCUAAACCUUUUGGUGUACUUAACAUGGCCAUAUUAUUUGUCAUAAUAUUAUAUUCAUCUGUAGGAUUCUUAGGUUAUCUUAAAUAUGGUGAAGAUGUUGGUGCUAGUAUUACAUUUUCAUUACCAAAUGAACCAUUAUAUAUUGCCGUACAAUUUAUGUAUGCAUUUUCCAUCACAUUUUCAUAUCCGAUACAAAUGUAUGUUGCCAUUCAUUUAAUGUGGCCAACCAUACGUGAUUAUUUGAUGGAAAGGAAAAAAUCCGAACUUAUUGUAAACAUGUCUGAUUACAUGUUUCGUUCGUCAUUAGUUAUUUUGACAUUUGUAUUGGCCGCUUCCAUACCUGAACUUGAUCUAAUCAUCGAAUUAAUCGGUGCAUUUGCCUGUACAUCGGUUGCCAUAAUCAUACCAACAGUAUUGCAUUUGGUUACAUUUUUUGAACGUAAAAGUGGUCUAUCUCGUAAAUGGCUCAUCAUAAAGAAUACAUCGAUUCUAGUAUUUGGCCUAUUGGUAUUAUGUACUGGUACAUAUUUCUCAUUAGUUGGGAUUGUGGAAAGAUUCCAAGAAAAAGUUGAAUCAUUCGAUGCUGCAUCGUCAUCAUCACCAAUGUUUGACAAUAAUAAUAAUAAUAAUAACUCAUCUGUAAAUGUAACCGGUAAAAUGCCAUUUUGGUUUGAUAAACUAAUCAAUUUAACGCAUGUAGCUACAACGAAUGAUGAUCAGUCAUUGAAUCUAUAAAAAAAAACUAUAUCAAUGUUUUGAUUAUGUGAUUUGAUUUUCUCACACUUAUGUGAUCAAAAUCCACUGUUGUGGUUGUUGUUGUUGUUGUUGUACAUAAAUUCCAUUGUUUAUUGUAAAAA